GAGCCACAGUUGGUUGCGGGCUGUCGUCCUGAGCACAUUACGCGUCUUCGACCAGCGCCACGCGACCUCGUGUAUCAUCCACCCUCCUCUUCCCUCUGCCAGGUGCGAUUGCGUGAUCAACGAGUCGCUCGCCCUCGAACAACCAUUUGUCGACCCCCUUGUGCUUCCGUCUCGAGUGAGUGCGGGAACACGUGCGUGAAAAUCAUCUGGAAGCACGAGCGAAAUUCGCACCGAUCUUACUGCACUUUAACUCGUUCCUUCCUCUUUUCUUUUUUCUUUCGUCUCCUCCUCCUUGUUCCUUUCUGCCGUCUUUUCUCUAGGAGAAAAUCCGUGACAGUCGAAUGUAGGCUUUACGACGAUCGUGAUUUUUUCGUUGGUUCGUCGCGACGUACGUGGAUAAUUGUCAUUGCGUGGGAAAAGAAAGAUCAGUCUGUUUGUGGACGAUCGAGGGAAAUGGAUUUCGAGCGUGCGAGGAUUCGAAGAAGUUAGGAAUCGAAGCUCGGGGGAUGAAAACAUGUACGAACUGUGCUUAUGACUGAGAGAUCUUUUCUCAGAGGUUGCAAGAAACCGACUCGAUCAAGCUUUUUCGUUCAAACUCCCUCGAUCGGAGUCGUAAAUGAUCGUACAAUUAUGGGGAACGGAUCGAAGAGGCAAAUUAUCGUACACCGGUGUCAAACCUAUUCUUUCGAAACGAUGCUACAACGAUUUCGAAAUCCUGAACGUUAACCUGCACAUGCCCAAAUCGAUCGAGAUCCAACAUCGUACGAACGCCAGACGGUUUUUACUUUCCGUAGACACAUAGGAAUCGAGGACGCGUGUAUAAAAGGCGAACGAAGGAGAAAAGAAAAAGAAAGAAAGAAACAAACGACGAAAUUGAAUCACGGUUUCAUACCCGCAUUUAGACGGGUAUGAAAGCGCACUGCAACGAAAUAGGCGGAUCUUAAAUGUCAAAGGAGACGCGUCCUCGUGGGAACUUUCAAUUAAAAUUUUAUCGGACCGGGGAUAACGGUCGGACGCGGAUUCGAGGCUUCGUAAAAUGUAAUCCCGUCGUUAAACACGCGGCCCGUGACGAGGAUGAUUGAGAUAAGACCGUGGAGAUCGCAUUCGUUGCCUUAUUAAAUCACCGUAUACCCCGAAAAGAUGCGGAUAAAAGGCCGAAAUUACAUCGUUUUAUUCAUUCUGUCCAGGGCACGGUGAAUCGGAAAUCUUACGAAGUCCAACAAAAUUCUUUUCACGUGGAUCUACUGGCAGACGUCUUGAAUAAGAGCAAUAUAGAGGGAUCUCGCUAUAGCGAAGCAAUUUCGUGCUACAAAUCAAACGAAUUGAAUGGAAAAAGGAAGAAAAUACAGGGAACGAUCAAUUUCUCGCGUUCCUUCCACUCCGAUUGUAGGAUUUUAGAGGUUGAUAGAGAGGUGGAAGAAAGAAUAUACGAAACGUCAAAACGGAGCUAGGAUCGCGUUUAAAGAAUUUACGAAACGGCUGAAUCCGACGAGGGCGAGAUCGCGAAAGGUUCGAGCAGAGAUGAUCCGAUGGUGUUGAAUAUACGUUCUUCACCGACAUGUACACACCAUCCAUGCACGCGUAUUCUUUUCUUUUUCCCGAAGACUCGUUCUAUUUAUUCGACAAGGGAUUUUCAAUCUCGAAAUAGACAUUACGUUCGAUGAUAGGAAAUAGUUUGUACAGAAGCUCAAAGCUGGUCGGAAAAGAAGAGAUUUCUUGAGCCUUUUCCGUGGCAAACUGACGUCGAGUUUCGAAUUUGCACGUCCUCACGGUGAAGCGAUUGCUUCCUUAAAAGCUUCCCUGUUAGAACUUAUAAGUUUUGAAAUGGUUGCUGAGACCGCGUUUCAAUCAAACGAUAAAAAUACCGAACGAUAAACACGCUAAUUCCAGCGUAGAAGUAAAGCAGAAUGUUUCGCUAGCGUAACGCGAUAUCGAGUAAAAUCCCGAAGCAAUUUCAGGUUACACGAAACAGUACUUCUCGUUCCUUUUAUCUCGACACGGUAAACACGUCGAGAAUAAUAGAGUCGUCGCACGAGACUUCGUGUGUGACUGUUUGGAAGAUAAGCGAGCGGAAAUCGUCGGGAAACCCUCGGGAUCAGUUUCUGCAACGGCUCGAGCAUCGAAUGUUGACUGUCCAAUGUCGCGUCGUGUCGCAACGAUCGACAAGAGGAUCCGCAACUCGCCGAGAAUGCCAAUCUCGUCGACCAGACUGUUGUGGAAAAGCAAGAGGUGUAAUCCCUUUAAAAGAGUCUCGAGGUGAGUCUCGACGUUGAGGACAUCAACUAGGUGGAGAAGAAAAGCCGAGGAAAAGGAACGAGCACGUGAUUCCUCUUCACGUUUCCCGGAGAGAAAUCUAUUUCGCAAGGCAAAUUCAGGGGGCGUAGAAAGUUAUCGUUGCUACUGUUGCGCCUUUAUUACGCGCCCCAGCCGUAUAAUUAACGAUUACUCGAAACGAUCGCUCGAGUCAGAUUUAAGUAUCACGUGUAGGCAGAAAGAGUGAAAUAUAUCAGAAGAUUGCUAUCGAAUCCAAGUCCUUGAAGAUCGUCGAGCUGUUUAUACAAUGGCCUCUGCUCUGACAGAAUUUCUCCCUCGGAAAUUUGUUUUGAUAGAUUCUUGAAUUUGUACCAUCGUAUUCGACAAAAACUUGGAAGUUGAGGAGCCAUUCGUAUUCGAUCGUCCAACUUUCAAGGGACGAGUCGAUCGACAAGACAAAGUAUAUUACGAGAGCUAAUCGCUUUUGCGGGAUUGUGGAUCGAACGAGGAACGAGAGAUAUCGCGAGGGAAACAGCAUCGCAGGGCAGAAGAAGUUGGACAACGAGUGAAAUUGCUCGAUACUUCUCAAGGGAAAAAGAACGAAGAACAAACAGGGAAAGGCAAUGGAGGGUCGUUUUGUUGCGACAGCAGGAAAAACUACAUGGACACAACAAGAGAAAACUACGAGAACUGGAUAAAAAAGAAAGUACUUUAGAAGAAGGGGGAGGAAAGUGUCGUUAAUUUCCGUGUGAGAUUGAAACGCACGAUCUCUGUGAAUUACGAUAGUUCGCGAUUGAUUUGAAUUACGAUAGGAAACGAUCUUGGGCAGAGAUUGAUCCUCUUUGCCACCUUUCUGCCAAUAGGCUAAUGAUCGCGUAAACUUGAUUCAAAUUGCGAGGAGAGAAAACGUUACAAUUUCAGAUCGACUGUUUCGCGUUCGUGAAUCAAAGUGGUUGAGAAAUUUUUGAUCAAACUCGUGAUUAUCUGCGGUUAAUUUAAGCUGCGAGUAGAAAGCAGUUUAAUUUGAUAUUAGUUCUUAUUCUUUUGUUUUCCAUCGCAAAAAGUGUUUACACGUAUACAAGACUUUAGUGAAAGAUUGGCCCAGUGUUUAAUAGCGAAUUUGUAAUUUCGAAAAUGUGAUAGUAGCUUAGAGAUUCGAGUUGGAAGACCCACACUCACGAAAAAUCCUUUUUCCUACAAGAUAUACGCAUGAAAGAUUAAAACAUUCAAAGACUACGAUCCUCAUUACGCGUUAGAUACUCAAAGUAUACGAAUUUCACCAGUUUGAUAUUAAUCGGACGAAACUUGUUAAAAUUUGUAAUACAAUUUUAAGGUCAGGCUACUACAUCGUAAAUAUGAAAAAUCAGUUCAUCAAAGCUUAGCGAAAAAUUUAAUGGCUCCAAUGUGUAACUAGUGCGUUCAAAUUCCACGAAUUAAGUGCUUUAGGAAAUUGUGGUGAAGGAAUGUGCGAGAACUUGAAAUUUCACCAUCCGUUUCUCCCCUAAAAUCUCGUCAUCAAAAUAUUCAGAUAGCGUUUAAAUGCCACAAAUUGAAUGUUUUGUUAAACGGUGUGGAAGAAUAGUACACUGGGAAUCUUCAGCCUAAAAUCCUAAUCCCCUUAAAUCGUUAUCAAACUGCGUCAGAAGUGAGUUAAACAUUUCCAAUGUCCAAAUAGUGUUCAAACAACAUAAAUCGGGUGUUCUAUUAAAAAGAAAGAUACUCGUCGCGUCCAUUUCCCCUUAAAUUGGCAUAACGAACGAACUCAUUAAAACGUACUAAGGGACGUUCAUCAGUGCUUAAUUAGCACCCGAAAUCAUAAAUAGCUUCAUCAAACGAUGAUCAAUUGCACACGUAAUCUUUAACCGGAAACGUUGUUACUUUCAUUGUUCCCUGAAUUGAAAAUUGAAUCAGAAUCGGUGUAACAAAAUACUCGAAUAGUGUUUAAAUCGUAUGAAACGUGUAUCUUAUCAAGUUGUGAAAAAAGAAAAGAAAAAAGAAAGAAAGAAGAAGACCGCGUAUCGUGAAGUGAUCAUAGAUCUGAGACGACCAUGAAAAAAAGGGAGAAUCGUCUGGGGGUGGGUCAGAUGAACGAAAGUUCCUGCUGCAAGAGAGCGUCGGGAUGUUGCACGCUGUUAUGCUAGGUAGCGGUCCGGGUCGAGGGAGGCACGAAUGGUAUCCGGGAUUUUAUUUGCAACGUCGACGACUUGGAUGCAGGAUGAACCGCGCGGAGCAGGAGAACAUAUACAGGCAGAGCAGGCAGCUCACGACGAUCGUGCCAUCUAAUGAUGAUCUGGUGCUGAGCGUGCUUAAAUCGCCGAUCAGCCAGCAUCAGCACCAGCACCAGCACCAGCAACGCCAGCAUCAUCCUCCGCACCAUUCUCAUGGGCACCAUGUUAACUGCCAAGGUCAUCAGAAUCAUAAGAAGUGCACGCAUUCAGGUGAGACCAACGAGAGUCUUCCACGAAGCAAGGACCAAUGCUCUAGGCUCACAGAAAAGCGGUCGAGCGAGGCGGCCGCGUACACCGUCCUGCAGGGAAGCGAGGACGAGCUCACCAGCGAGCACUGCCUCGAAUCGGAGGACAUGGCAUUGAAAACGCCGGGCAGCGAGACUGAGGACACCGAGGACAACGGCACGCAGAUGGACGAGGCCAGCUCUUCGCCUAGUCGUCGUUUCACAUUCCUCAGACGUUUCCGGUCGCCGAGAUUCGGCGAGGCACACCACAAGAGGGUGCCCACGCCGAUGAAAAGGAAAUAUCGCCGGAAAAAAAGCAAAGAUGACAUUAUCAAUAGUGAUAUGAACGCCACGGAGGUUGAGCCACCUAGCUUGAACCAAGCUGGGGUGCCCGAUCCGUAUUACCCGAUCUAUCUGCCCAUCGACCAGGCCUUCAAAGCCAAGUACGUGUUCCAUCAUAAAAAGGGCAAGACUUUCCAGGAAAGACUGUACGUGUUCCUGGAACAUCCUGGCGGGUGGAUCUGCUUCAUCUACCAUUUCACUGUGUUCAUGGUGGUAUUGGUGUGCCUCAUAUUUAGCGUUUUGUCGACGAUAGACCAGUACAGUAAUUUCGCGAACGAAACCCUCUUUUGGAUGGAAAUAUGUUUGGUGGUGUUCUUUGGCGUGGAAUACCUAGUGAGGUUGUGGAGUGCGGGAUGCAGAUCGAAGUACAUGGGUUGCUGCGGCAGGCUCCGUUUCAUACGGAAACCGAUUUGUAUCAUAGAUUUAAUCGUGGUGGUCGCGUCUAUGGUGGUGUUGUCGGUGGGAAGCAAUGGUCAGGUGUUCGCCACUUCCGCUAUAAGAGGAAUCCGAUUUUUACAAAUAUUGCGGAUGCUUCAUGUCGAUCGACAAGGUGGCACGUGGCGACUUCUCGGCUCCGUCGUUUUUAUUCAUCGUCAGGAGCUGAUCACGACAUUGUACAUCGGGUUCCUAGGUCUUAUUUUCAGCAGCUACUUCGUGUAUCUUGCCGAAAAGGAUGUUGUUGGACCCGAUGGCAAAACAGAUUUUUCCAGCUACGCCGAUGCGUUAUGGUGGGGCGUGAUUACCGUGACCACGAUUGGUUACGGUGAUACUGUCCCACAAACGUGGAUGGGAAAAAUAGUCGCCUCGUGUUUCAGCGUAUUCGCCAUAUCCUUUUUCGCACUUCCAGCCGGAAUAUUAGGCUCUGGUUUUGCACUAAAAGUCCAGCAAAAACAACGACAAAAACACUUCAACAGACAGAUACCAGCCGCUGCGAUGUUAAUACAGUGUCUGUGGAGGUGCUACGCUGCCGACAAAGCCAUCAACAGCGUGGCCACGUGGAACAUCUACAUCAAAGAUCCAACACCAGCCGGACAACCGUCCACACCUUUGGGAAAGUUGAUUUGUGUAAAGAAGAUGUCUCUGAUGAUCCAGGUGGCAAAAAAGGCGAGCGUACUGAAGAGGCGAAAAUCGAGGAACCGGAUGGACGUUCAACAACAGCAACAGUUACCACCGGUUACGAUAUCCGGUGGUGUGUCCAGUGGCGGUGCUACUGGCGACACCGGGGGUCAGAAUGACAACCAACGGAUGGAGAACGAGGGCGACGUAAUCUUCUACAUGGAGGAACCGAAGGCCGGUACACCUAAUCGUGCUAGACGCGACAAUCGGGGAAGCCUCUUCACCUCGCAGACGAGCUCCGUCACGGAGGCUACCAGCGAUGAAAUCGACAUUGAUAUCGAGGAACCGCAGAGAGUCACCACGCUCACGGAAGCACAUCGAAACGCCAUAAGGGCGAUCAGGAAGAUUAAGUACUUCGUGGCCAGGAGGAAGUUUCAGCAAGCACGGAAACCGUACGAUGUACGCGAUGUGAUCGAACAGUAUAGUCAAGGUCACUUGAACAUGAUGGUUCGGAUUAAGGAAUUGCAGAGGAGGUUGGACCAGACCCUGGGCAAACCAGGCAGCUACCUAGCAGGAAUCGACCGAGCAGGCAACGUGAAACCGAUGACUAUAGGUGCACGUUUAUACAGGGUCGAACAGCAGUUGUCCGUGAUAGACAAGAAAUUGGACCAGCUGGUCUACGUGCUGAACGCAGUGGCACAAAAGCAACAAAUACCUCUAAGGAGUAUAGAGGACGACGUGUAACAGAAAGCCCCCGGCGAGCUCGUGCCAUCUGUUUCGCGAUCACCAGCAAUCCCGUGGACUUUGCCCCGUGUUACCAUAACCAGUGUCGCCUCGAACAUGCUCAGCAAAAGCGGCUGAAUCGAUGUCUCCGAUAUCCCUCGAGCAUGGCACAUAUUUACUGAUUCGUGAGACUUCUCGCGUCACGAACCGAGGUGGAGAUAACGUUCAAAGGAAACUGCAGGCGCGCACAGUUUUAUCGGAUUAUUCUCCCAUUUGUUUUCUUUUUCUUCUUUCUUUUCCCGUCUUUUCUUACUGUUGUCGACAUUGAUGAAAGGAUAUAAGAAGAAGUGACGAAUCGCGAAGAAUCGAAAAGAUAUCGAUAUAUGUGAUGAAUCGCGGAGGAAUGGAGAAGUAUCGAAAUAAGUGAUAAAUCGCAUCAAGGAUUUCGAAGACCACCGGAAGGAGUGACGAAUUUGGGUGGAUAUUGGAAGAAGCGAUGAAUCGCGAAGGAUUUGGAAGAGCAUUGAAAGAAAUGAUGAAUCGUAAAGAAUUUGAAAAAAAGUAUGGGAAAAAGCGAUGAAUGGCGUGGGUGAAAGGAAAUGGUGGAUGCAUUCAAGGUAGCGAAGGUUUAAAGUAAUUUCAGCAAAGAACCGCUGAUAGAAAUGAAAGCUGUGAAAUAAAUGAAAAACGAAAGAUAGAUUAAUUGAUCGAUUGGCUAAUUAAGACGCGAUUCAGGAAGAUACAGUGAAUUAAAGAAGGAAUGAAUUUGUCAUUAAACAUUCAAUUGGUAGUUGUAAAAAGAGAUUUGGAUUUAUUUUAGAAGUGGUGUAUGUUGACUGAGUAAGAGUAAAUGAAUAAUCUGUUGCUUGUUAUUGGAAUAUAAUUGAUAUGAAUUGUGAAAACAUCAAGAUAAAUAAAUAUAACGUGAACGUCAGAAUUGUGAUCAGUUAAAAUUAUUUUGAAGAUAAAAUUGAUAAGAAUAUCUAUCCAAAAAGAAAGAAGAGAAAUAAGAUGCAAUGAUUAAUAGAAUGAAACUACAAUUUGUUUUAUUUUUCGAAUAAAUCCGAAAACAAAGUACGUUUAUGAAAUAAAGAUCGAAAAGAAUAUAGAUGAUACACAAAAAAGAAGUUACAAUCGAAUCAGUGAAGUUUUGAUAACUCCAUUACUUCAAACUCUAAAAAUUGCUUUAAUUUUCAAUGACUCGUGACAUGGACUGUAACUAAACGAAUAGAGGUGAAUCAAAGCAAAGCAUUCACAAAAUCAGAAGAUCAUACAAACUCGUUUAGAAUAAGAAGAAAGAGGGAAGAAGAAAGAACGUUAAAAACUCGGAAAAGAAGGGAAUAAAGAAUGGAAGAUACGGAUUCCUUUAAACUUGUUCGCACCUCAUCGAUAAACAAAAGAGAAAAAGAACACCAAAGAUUCAAGGAACUUGCUUUCCCCAGCCCAGAGGACGCGCUUCUCCCGGAAGAAAUCGGUUCACAUUUAAAGGGAUUUAAAAUUGGUAUGAGUCGACGGGAACGAAAGCUCACUGAAGAUGGAAACGUUGUCACUUGGAUACUUCCGCUAUGCAGGAUCAAUGAUCCUCGGAGAAUAGCCUUCGCGAAACGAUCACGCUAAACGCACAGAAACGAUAAUUCUCUUCACACGAACGAGGAAUAGUUGUCAAGCUGAUAGAAGCAUUAGAAACGUUGGACAUGAGAAAAUAAACGAAAAAUUAAGUAAAAUAAAGAUAAAAAAAGAUAAAAAUAGAAAAAAGGUACAGAAGAUUCUUCGUUGGUGUUAAUGGAGAUUUAAUCGAUUCACUACGUCGAUCUUCGACUGAUCGCCGUUUCUUCGCGUCGCACGAUGUAACCAAGAGAUCGAAAUUCCGAACGAGUCGGAUUAAUCGGAUCUGCAGGUGAACAUUGAAGAAUUUAUCGAAAUAUGUGUUUUAUAAAGAAUCGUGAUAAGAAAGUUGGUAAUUGGAGUAGAGGAAGUGUUAAAAUAAGAAAACCGAAGAUAGAAGAAGCUUCUUCAAAAGAGCUACGUGGGACGAUACGCCGGAGAAACGUACACAAACGUAUUGGGAACAUCACUUGGGCCAACUAGGAAUAAUAGAGAGGAACAAUAAGCAAAUAAAGAGAAACUUCCUAGACAAGAUAUAUCUCUAUAAAUAGGCUUAUAUACAUAUAUUAUAUAUAUAUAGAAUAAUAUACUUAUUAUAUACAUUGUAUGUUUGCGCGCGUGCAUGUGUGCUUGUGUGUAUAUAUAUACACAUACAGAUACAACUUCUAGUCUCUGCUGGUAAUAAUGAUCAAUUAUUAAGCCUUAAAAUUAAUCACGGACUUUACAAAACUUGUUGCUAGACUAGUUAGAACGAAAUCGAGGUAUAGCCGCGUGUACGCGUGGACGAUAAGCGGGAAUACGCAUUGUACAAAAACGCGAUGUCGAGUUCUAUACAUAGUUUUGCUCGAAACGAACAUUUUUCUCCCUCCCUCUCGCUAUCUCUUUCUUUCUCUUUAUUUUUUCUCAAUUUCUAACGCAAACUUUGCCGGACUACGUGAAAAUGUUAUACAUGUAUAUAUAUCUUCUCCUAAAUGAUCUUUGAUGCAAAUGUAGAAUUGGUAGCUAUAUAGGGUGUUCGUGGCUUUUAAUUCACUCCGCAAGUUUUGUGCGAAUAUGUCUUAAGGUAAAAACGAUGCAAGAAAUUACGAAAAACAUUAUCUGUCCUCAUGAAUUGUCGUAAAAUCUGUCGUAAAAUUUAAUGGUUUAAUCAUUUAAAAUAUUUAUUUCGAAUUGCUUUCCAACAUUCAUAGUCGUGAUUUACUGAUAAAUAUUUAGUUUUCACAGACUCAAACUGUAAUAGAAUGAAGUAAGUUUUCUCGGUACCAUCUUAUAUACGAAAACUGUUCUGAAACAUGACAGAAAAUAUAUAAGAGAGCAAUAUAAACUGAUGGAUAUUUAAUUUUCUUAAACUUUCAUUAAAUCUUUUUGUCUCUGUUAGAGACACUAGAGAAUUAUUGCCUUAUAAAUCUCUGAUUAAGAACGUCCAAAUAUCUAAAAAAUUUUAUUCAAUACAUUUUCUAACAUAUUUGUAUAAUCUCAGAUAUUUAUAUCACGCCACGAAUAUCUUAUAUCGAUGUUGCUCGUGAAUGCAUGAAGAAUUGUGCAUUCGAACGCAGGAGACGAAAGAAUAGUGAUAAUGGAAAUAUUGCAGAAAUAAAAAUAAAAAGAGAAAGAGAAAAAGAAAUUCGAAUUAUAUUCUGCAUGUAUAAAUACAUUUAUAUUUUCUACGUAGGCUAUCAAAUAUGGCAUAUAACGAAUUAUAAUGUUACUGACACCGUAAAAUAUUAUAUAUAAAUUCACGUCUAAUUUCUAAGCAAUUCUAGACGUGUGCGUACGUACGUAUGUCGUACAACAAGAAGCAUUUUUCUGUCUAUUAUUCAUUUUUCAAUGACCAUUCGAGUGUAAAGGAACUUAGAGGUUAAAUUUUAUUUAUGGUUAUAAAAAUCCUGGACUCAACAUUUAAACAAUAAUUAGAACUCAAAUAAGUUUCAAAAAGAUGAAAUAAUUAUAGAACAUCUCUUUUUUUUUGUAUAGUACUUAUCUUCGUUGCUCCUUUUCUUCUAUUUCUAUUGCAAUUUACCAAUUAAUUGUAAUAAUAAUAAUUAUUUUUUUUAUUUGAUAUUUGAUAAGUUUUUAAAUAUUUGAUAAGUGUAAUUUAAAUCAAAAGUUCGGCUAACAAAAUAAAGUGACCUCGUUUCGCUUAAAGGUGAUUAAAAUAUUAAUUCGAACAAAAUAAUAAUUUAUAUCCUAUAAUUAAAAAAGAAGAAAUCUUCAUCAAAAUCUUUGAGUUCGAGAUUUCAAGCAAUGUAUCCAUGAUCAAAGAUACAGUAAAUGAAUCUGUGAUAAAUCAAUUCCUUCAUACUCGAUCAUUUUGGUUUGAAUUUAAUUAAACCAAUAAGAAAGAGAGGAUAUCGUUAUACAUUCGAAUGGUAAAACAAAUCGGCAUCUUCUGCGGAUCGUUUCUUUGAGACGCACGUGUGCUUUGGAAAUGCACGAAAAUUUUUCAGUUUAAUCGAUCUCUGUGCGGGAAGGACCAGUUUCUUGAUAACUAGGAUUACGUACAUAAUCGGGCGAAAUAUUGCACUGAAUAUAUCUAUCGUCUUCACUAUGUUAUUAUUAGAGUCUAACGUAACGCAAUUCUGUAUAUAUAUAUAAAUACAUAUAUAUGAAUAUCAUAUGAAUAUAUAGCAAGAAUAGAGAAACUUAAACGAAGCAGCUUUUUAGGAGUAUUUUUGAAUCGAGUAUCUUUUUAGUAUCAUUAAAAAAUUUUCAAAGAAGGUAAUUUCUCGAAUGCAAUUGGAUAUAUAAAAAAUUGUAGAUAUAAAAAUAUUAUUUCAGAUGAUAAAAUUAAUAGGAUAACGAAGAAAAUUGUAAAAUAUAUGGUGUUAAAGAGUUUUCGUUCUUUUAUAGUUGACCAUCUAAUUAUAAUAUAUAAGUUGUCCAAUUAAGGCGAACAUAUUCUAGUCAAUCGAUCGUAAAUGUACUAUUAAUAAUUAUCAAGUUAUGUAACGCUUAUUUUUAUGAUCAUAAUUCGAUUUCUUGUCAUUGUGGUAGAUUUUUCGGUUUGUAAGUAGCUUCGAAAUCGUCGCUACAUUUCGAUGAAAACGAAAAAAUACUCUGUAAAACGCGCUCCAACGUAUUAAGAUCGUACGAUAUAAAGAUUCUAUGGUGCCUCUCACUUGACUAACUCCACUAUAACGCAACUAAUUAAUAAUAUCAACGAUAGAAUUAGGUGUAAGAUAGCGUUAUAAAUAACGUAGGCGAUAUCAUAGAACUAUUAAACUAUAUUAUAAUGGCAAUAUAUAUAUACAUGUAGGUACGCUCCGAAGGUACAGCACGAAUUUUUCAAUUUCGUAAUGCAAAGUCGCUCGACGUUAGUCUCUUUCGUCCCUGACAAUGAAACGUUUCUCGUUGGAUAAGUAUACAAAUAAGAAUAAAGCAAGUUAAUAAUUCAUAAAUAAACAUGUGUAAAUAAUAAUUCACAGAGACAAGAUUAAGGGGAAGAAUUGAGAAAAUUUUACGAAAGGAGUGCGAAGUUAAAUCUUGAAAGCAAUUCUUAAAUAGCAAUAUCUCUGUAUGCAACAAUCUUCAUGCUUUCAUAUGACAAUGAAAAAUAUUUGAAAAAGACGCGUUAUGCUGCAAAAGAAUUGUUAAAUAUUGCAAUUAAAAAAGUAAUCAGAAAUAGGGAGGUAUGCGUGCAAUUCUUGUAUUUUAUGGGUGGAAUAUUUUAUGAAGAAUACUUUACGAAGAAAUUAUUGUUUAAGAGGAUACAAAUAUUGUUCGAAAGUGACGUUACUGCGAAAGUUUUGAAGAUGCAACCUAAUUUUUUAUUUAUGCAAUAUAAAUAAGAAAAUAUUAUGAUAAUAAUACUCUCAUACUACCCAGAUUAUUUUUUUUGCAUUGAUGAAAAUUCAACGAGAAACGUUUUUUAGGAUCUUGAAACUUUUAUGUCAUUAAUCCUAAAAUCGAGUCGGUUCAAUCGAUCGUUUCAAGAGAACGUUUUAAGAGUUUAUGAAUUUUAAAAAUCACUCGAUUAUUAUAUUGCCGACCACAAGUAGAGACAAUCAAUAAUGUGAAUACGCGCGUAAAGAGUAUAUAAACAUUAACGAUUUCGUUUUCCAAUAGAAUCUCUUUGUGAACGAUGAUUAAUAAUCAAUGUUGGAACACACGAUUUUUUGAUUCUAUGAGAAUACUCUGGGAACAUUUAUUAUAAAUUAACUAACUGAUAAUCUCGGGAGAACGGCGUGAAAGAAUCGUGUUAAGUUUAAACCGAAAAAGUCAUACUUGAAAAUCGUUCCAUAAGUGAUGAAUUUUAAGGGAUGAAACUCGAGGUACGUUUUUGGAUCAUAAUGAGAACCCGUACUAGAUAAGUACUGAGUAGGUUCUAAUUUAACAUUGCAAUAAUUUCCAAAUUGACCCAUCGAGUCAAAUUUAAAUAACUUGAGAAAUCUGACAAACAUACAAAUAUAAUUUUAUAUGUAUAUUUUUUAUUAAGCUUUUCCUUCUCUUUUUACUAUAACGUAAACUAUACAAGAAGGAAAUUAAAACAUAUGAAAUUUGUAUGAAAUUUUUUUACGAUAAUAUGAAAAGCAAAGUGUUAUAAAUUAUCAAUGGUUUUCAUAUUGUUUAAUUUUCAGUUGAAACAUGAAUCGGUAUAAUAUAUUUUAUAAGCAUAUAUUUAUUAUACAAUUCUAUUUAUUUCAGUUAUUUGAUAAAAACAAUAAAAUGUCAACAUUGUUCAGGAUUGGUAACGAUGGCUCUGUGUAAAUUUUUAGCUUUUCACGCGAAUUAGCCAUCAAUCUCAUAUGGCCUCUUUUCCUGGACAUAUAUCUCUUGAAUAACUUACGAGUAUGUACUAGUAAAUAACGAUAUAAUUUCAUUUUCACUUUGUUGUCGCGUUAUUUAUUUAAUAUUCCAGUUAUAAGGGUUAAUACAAAGAAUAUUAUCUGAAUUUAUACAAAAAGAAGGAUCGAAACACGGGCAAUCGAAGCGUCCAAAAAUUAUACUCACAACGGUAUAUUUUAUUUUCGUUGUACAACAUUUUAACUGGACCAUCGUAAUGUCUGCUAAUUACAAUAGAAAACAUUUAAGAGACUUCGAAUAAAAUCAAAUUGCGCAUAAAUAUUAUCAUGUUUAUUCAUAUAGGAAAGUAGAAUUAAUCGACGCUCAUCAAAACCAUAGUGAUUAAAGAAAAGAAAGAACAUAAAAAAAGCAUAAGAAAAAGAAAUAAAAAUUAUCUUAAACUUCAAUCUUAAAAAUCAUGUGAAAUCAGGAAAACUUUCCCAAUUAUUUUUUAAUCGAAUCGUCUACAAAUCUUUACCAUAAAUGUGCUUGAGAAGUAGAUUGUAUCUUCGUUUGCAAAAUUCAACAUGUUUCUCGUUAUAUACUCCGAGCAUAGAGAGACGAUUUUUGCGAAUUGUAAAGAAAUGUUAUAAAGGAUAUGUAUAAAAAUAUAUAUUAUCACAGUCGUGAUAAUGUUUUACAACUUUUACAUGGUUGAUAUGUUGUAUUUAUAGCUUUGUUAAAAAUUGUAGAACAUUUAUGGCGAGGAUCUUGGAAGGCAAGUAGUGUUCGCGAAUCGGCCGAAAAUACAUGUAAUACGAUUGUUAAUAGUGUACGUGUAACGUAUAUAUCGUAAAACGUAUAAAUAGAUAUACAUGUACAUAGACGCUUUUGCUUCGUGUAAUCAUACAAAAUUAUUCGCGGAUAUUCGGUUGAAACGAGAUGGAAUGUAACUUUUAUUUAACACGUUGCCUCUCGGUUUUACAAAGAAUGAAUUUUAAAUUAAACGUAGAAAAAAUGUGAUACCUACAGGAAAUGUAAUCUCCAUUGCGGGUUAAAAGAAAAAUUCAUUUCACUGAGGAAUUAACAAUUGAAUAAACAACAAUGUUCGCGCUUUGUUCAUACCCUCGGGUUCUUCCGAGUUUAUUUUCAACGAAGGAAAAAACAUUUAAUGAAUGCAUAUUUCUAGAUGAAAAAGAAAAUUAUAAAAAAGAUUAUAUAGUAGAAUUAGAAAAUUGAACGCAAAGCGUUAAAAUCGUGGUUUUGAGAUAUCUCGGAUGUACUCGUAUUACGCGAGUUAUAAUUCAACAUGAUACGAUAAUUACGAUACUAAUACAUUGCGUACUGAUCUUGUAACAUUUGAAUUUUACACCGCAUAUUUAAGGCUAGAUCGAUUUCACAUAAUGAAAAUAUUGUCGUUAUUCAAUAAUCACAUGCAAAUCAAGCGAAACAAUGGCAUAGUAGCAAGUUGAAAUACCGUUGACCUUCAUUGGACAGCUGGCACUAAAAAAGAAUUUAAUUCUAAUAAAAAAAAAAGGAGAGUGAACUAAUAUUCAACUGUUUAGUUAUAGCUUAGACGAAAUUUAUUUAAUUUUAUUCAAGCUAAAUUAAGCAAAAUUUUUUAUUUUUCAAAAAAAUUCUCAUUUUUGAAAGCUGAGAAAGAUUGAUUAAAGUUGCAAUGGAUUUAAAAACCAUUUGUACAUACAUUUGUAUAGUAUACUACUCUUCAUAGUUUCCAAUGAACUAUCAAUGAGAUAUUUUAAUCGUAUUUUCUUCAAAUUGAGUGUAUCAUUUGAUAAUUUUAUUUUAUGAUACGCCCACAAUAACAUUAAUACAUAUAUUGUAAUACGACAAAAAAUAAUUUUUAUAUAAUGUUCUUUUCUCAAUAUUUUUUAAUACUUUUAUAUAAUAUUCUUAUAUUGCAAACCUUUACACAUAUACUUUAUAUGAAUUAUGAUCAAAGCUUUUUUCAAAAUUUUUGGAAAAGAAAUUUGAGAAACAUAGCUCCGUACGCAAUGUGUUAAAAUGGCAUCGUAACGUGUAUAAACGGGGAAAAGAUUAAAUCUACGAAUUAAAAUUUCAACAAAUUUUGCAAAAGUUCUUGCAGUUCGCAAUUAGAACGUGUGAUAACCUUUAGUCGAAAUUCUUUCCUUUCUCUUAGCAAAAACGAGCCAGUUUCAUUCUUUCGAUUAAUCUCUAUUCGCUCGAAAUUUCUAAAAUAAAACAUCCUAUUAGAUCUUUAAGACUUCUAUGACAGUUAGAAAUAAUGGUAGUUUCUUUUUUCUAGUUUUCAAUUUAAACGUAAUCACAAUAACAAGUAUUUUGAAAUUACAUAUAUACUUGUUGCUAUCGGACGAAAAGUAACAAAUCUUGUAGAGGAAAUGAAGCGAGUAAUACCAAAACGUCGUUUCUUGUAAAUCCUCAUAACUCAGUAUCAAAACAACAAACAAUAAUUAGCGUUAACUGUUGUUAUUGCUUUUAACAUAAUUAUAGCGUAUGCCACUGAGAAUUUGAUCCAAUAAAAUUAAUUCUACUUAUUUGGUCUAGAAACAUCUCAGAAGUUUUGUUUAUGAAACUGUUUAAUUUGAAAAUCUUAUAUCGUUUAUUUUUAAUUAGUUCACGAAAGUUCGAAAUUACUUCGCGUUUUUACAUCGCGUCACAAUCAAUCUCGCUAGAGAAUAAAGUAAUAAAUAAGCAGAUUAUAAUUCUUGCUACGUGUUACGCUAGAUAAUUGCAAUAUCGCGUCCUACACAGGAUGGACCUAAAAAUGUUUUGUCACAGAACGAAUUUAAUCGAAUUUGAGCUUUCUACUAAAUUAUAUCUUUUGAAUUAAGUUCGCCUCACGGCUGGCGUGGUCUAGCUUCAAAAGCUUGGAUCGUGUUGGAAAUUGUUCGAAAAUAUAAUUCGAAAAUGGAGCGACUAUAGUGAUCGAAACACAAGAAUAUUUGCAGAAUUCUAAUAUUGUCAAUUAUUUAUUGUACCUAAAAUUGAUCUUUUGUUUCAGUGGCAUUUUCGAAAUAAAAUUAAACUUUAACUGUAAAUUGUAUGGAAAGAACAUCGUUUUGCAAAAUGAUGUUUAUGUCGUAGGUUAAUUCUUCUUAAUAUAGAUUCUCUGUAGUACGUACAUGAAAUAUAAAAUUUAUGGAGUUUCGAUUACUCGCUAGAUUUAGGAAUUUGAAAAUUAUGACAUGUAAAGAUUUGUAUAUUAAAUCAGCAAGUGAAGACUUAAAUCAGCAGACAGCAAGUUAAGUCACACCGAAUUUUACAUUUCGUAAAUUCAUAUUUUUGUAAAAGUAAAUUUAUUUUUGUUGUCUCAGUUCGUAUGAUGUUAUAACAAAAAUCGCGAAACAUUUGCUAAUAUGCUAACGUAAUUCCUUAAUUAUUUUUAUUUUACAAGUCUCCCGGAAAACAUUCCAUAAGUUUCUAACAAAUCAACUUUCCUUUGAAGACUAAUAUUAAGAAAUUAAUUAGGAAAUUCGACAAAUAUGGUAAUGAUUUUAUUAUAUAAAUGACUGGUGUUUUGUUUUAUAUAUCUAUUCGAUAAAGUAUAUGUAAGAAAACACAAAAAUUUGUCAGAAUUGUAAUACUUUGCUCGUACAAUGUAACGUAGCUAUUUAUUGUGUACUUGUCCACAUAGUGUCGUAUCUUUAAAAAUAAUUACUUUUAAUUCUUAUUCAUUCUGUCUUUAUUGAAAUGAACGUGAUUUCGUAUGUCCUUGGUCCGUUAGUGUCACGAACAAUUAAUUAAAAAGCCUUAUGAAUAUAAAAUUUCUUAAAUGAAGAAAUUACUAUGUAUUCGAAAAGGUGCCUACAAUUAUUUAUAACGCACUGAGAUAGAUAAUAAAUUAUUAAAAACUUCAUUAGAAUGCAAUGUUUAUAAGAUUCAUUAACAUCUGCCUCGAUAGUUUUGAUAUAUCAGCAACGAAAUCGAAAGCAAUAAUCGUUUAAUUACAGAAUUAUGCUACCGAUGCUUCUACAUUUAAUAGAUAGGUAAUUUCCAUUUUUUUAGUCUCACGCCUCGAUCAUGUAAAAUCAAACAGCUAAACCUGCGUUGUUACGAUAAUAAAUCUUGUUCUCUCUUUAAUUAAAUAUACAUUGGUACGAACGCACAAAGUGAUAGUAAUUAACAACAUAGUCCAAAAGUUCAAGUAAAAAUACCAUUUGUUGUGAUGGUUAACCAAUGUUAAAAUAAUCUCCUUUUAUCCUCAGUCGUGAUACUUUUGGAUCAAGGAUCAGUACGUUUCCUGUAUUCCUGGUUUCACGUUUCUUGUAUUUUUAUGUGUAGAUGAAAUCUAGUGCAUCAAAAUGUGUUUUAAAUUAUAGAAAAGGAAAGGAACCUGAUACACGAAGGAUGAUUUUUUCCAAUCGUCAAAGUGAAUUCGACGUGUACCAUAAUUACAGAGAUGCAUGUGAUUUUAUACACUGGAUAAAAUAAAACGAGAGAAAGAUAAAAUCAAACAAAAGAACGAAGAAAAGACACAAUUUACUCUAUAUUUUCGAACAAUCAUGAGACAAACAUACUUGACCGAAAUGGGUACUAAAUCCUAUUUCCACAUAUGAAAUCAAAUUUUAUGUAAAUCAAUCACAAUUAAUUUUUCAUAAUAGAAGAAUCAAUUUUAAUCGAACCAACGAAAAUCGAAUGUCUACUUUCAAUUUUUAAACAAACUUCAAUGUAAAAUCCACGCUCGAUCGGAUUUUCUUGGAGAAACGUGUAAAUGUAUUCGCGAUUCCAAAAUCGAUUAGAAAUAAGGUCGGAAAUGAAAGUAGCUGAACAAUUUUGCGAUGCAGGAAACGUAUUAGUUGCGAACGAAAGAAAAGAAAGAAAGUAAAAUAAUCGCGAGAAGGGUUCACGAUCGAAUCUUUUGAAGCUACGGAAACGAGAUAAACGAAACUCAAUCAUAUCACCGUAGUUGCCUCUACUAUCCGCUAAUAGUAGCUCGUCGACAAUACUGUUGACUUUUUAACGUUAAAUGGUUGGAACAAUCACGGAAAUCUUUAAAAACAAUCCGAUUUCCGCGAUCGAUCUGACACGCGCUGUGUUUUUACUACUACUCUCUAUUAUAGUUACUGAAUAAACGAGCUAUCUAACGUGACUAUCAAUUACGAUUAUACUUAACGAUCACUCAAAACUAUCUUUAAGAUCGUAUUUGAAGAGUUGGAAAGCUAAAUGAUAAAUUCUUCGAAAAAAUGGAUAUGUAUAUUAACUCUGCUUGCGACCUUUUCGCCAUUUUUUGUCCCAUCGUGUUUUUCAAUGUUAAAAAGGAUUCUUAAGUUUAAGGGAAUUGUGAAACAAAUCGUCUAUAAGAGCAAUUUCAGAUUUGUAUUUUAUAUUGAAAUUUGUCUGGUUUGUUAAAACAGAUCCAAAAUUGGUAUAUAAAUACUCAGAAAUCGUGGCAGGAUUAAAAGGAUUUAUUUAUAAAAAAAUCGAAUCAUUAUUUAUUUGUUUAGCGAUAUUGAGAUAUUGCAAUAAGCUACACCUGCUUUCCCGCUAUUGCAUGAUAUCUAUAUUUUGUUAAAGGAUCGUAAAAAUCGCAGCAAUGUAACAGACAGAAUUUGGAAAUCGUGUAAUAGCGUGAGAUAUCAUUGGAAAUAUCAUUGGAAAAAUAAAAAUGAAUUCUCGUCAUUUGGUUUUUUAACUCCUUCUACUGUAAAUACAUGGCAUGUACUUACUUACACUAUGGUUACUAUACACGAAUACAGACGUUUCGAGCGAAUUGUGUUGCCCAAGAGUGGCGUUAUGAGAACUCGUAAAACAAUCGAUGGAUCCUCUGGGAAGUUCGCACUAAUAUUUAAUACGAUAUACGGUAAUUUGUAUAAAUAAUGUCGAAGUUAUCCGAAAUUAGAUAUUUAAUAUCGAAGAGAUUAUAGGGUUAUUUCUAAAUCGAAUCAUAUUUAAAAUGAAGAUAGAUUAAGCAAGCUAUGAUACAAGACGGAAUAUUUACGAUCAAAUGUAUAACUAAGUAUUAACACGAACGUUCCAAGGGAUUUAAUAAUAUUGCAGAGCGAUAUGUUGUGAUACAGAUACAUUGUCAAAUUACUAAACUCGUUCCAAUGGCACAUCACCAAAUAUUUGUAUAAUAUGAUGUACAUAAACUUUAAGAAUCAAAUCUCGAAAGGUUCUUGAGCAACAUUAUUCGUUUUGACAGUCUGUGCAAUAUAAAAUAGACUAUACUAUCGCUGUACCGAUAAAUCGUAAUCGAUAAAUACAGAGAUCGACGUAUUGAAAAAUAUAAUCGGCAAUUCAACCUGUACGCUGUAGUUUGUCCAACUUUUGCACUGGCUGUGUGUCUUUUUCUACGUUCGAAAAAUUGUUGGCCGACCAUUAUUGCGAGGACGUAAUUAAAAUAUUACUUCGAAGAUAUUAGAGUCUAUUCCGAUGAUCGUAUCCCUGUUUUGUAUGUUUCUUAAAAACACGUGCUUUAUACAGUAAAAGUGGGGCCAAGAUCUUUAAUGGUGGCUGAUUUCGAAUAUUCGAAAGUGAAAAAAUGGUAUUACGACGAGGGAAAGUUUAAGUUUAUAAAAUUAAUUCAUGUAAUUACACGUGUGCUUUUGUUUAAAAUAUUCCCGUAUACACGUUCGUUCGUACACUUGAGUCAAUGAUUUAGUACAAUAUUUCUUUAUAACUUGACAAGUCUUAGGAUUUCUUUCCAUGAAAAUUUUCAAUCUAAAAAUGUUUCGUUUUGUUAUUUUGGAAACGAUAGUAAUUAGAAAUAUAAAUAAAUAAAAUAUUCUUAUAUCAUUGAUCCAUUGCGUUUGUAAACUCGUAUCUUUUGUUUUCUUCGAAGUUCACAGUCUAGUUUCAAUGUAAAAUUUUUAAAUUGCAUAUAAAAAGACAUCCUUUUUUAACGCAAUAAUUAUUCGAUAAAUGUAAUUCCAGACUUUGAAGCAAUUUUCAAGAAAUACGAAUCAUCCCCGUUUACUUAAAGAAAAUGGCAAUGUGAGAAUAAUUCAAAGUAAGAGAUUAGAGAAACUGAACGUAACGAUCCGUGGUACAAAGGCGCCCGCUUUGUGAAUCAAUUUAAAUAACAAAUCCAGCAAUACUCUUCGAUUUUAGUGCUCUUGAUACUAGAAUCGUUAAGAAUACUAUAUAGUUCGUUGAUAGUUUAACGUGUUCAACCUGGAGCGAGGUUUUGAUAAAAAUCUUGAUACGACGGUGAAUACCAUAUCGUAUACAUUCCCUUGCAUUUGUUUUACUAACCAGAAAACAUUUGAUAAGAGAAUUCUUAAUUUACUAUUAUCAAAUAAUAGUUCGUAGAUAAAUAACUAGUAUCAAAUUUUAUGAUUUAAUGUAUACAAAUAGAUGACAUUGUAAAUCGUAAUUACAAAUAUAAUUGAGAAAUAUAAUUGAAAAACUUGUUAACUAGAUAGACUUAGGGGAAGAAAAACGAGAUUAGUAGACAAGUGAAACUGUUAUAAAUUAUAACAUAAAGUUACUGCUGGUUCUGUGACUUCUUUUAUCUUCUUUAUUAACUAUACAGGUGAUCUGUGCCGAAUUCAAUGUUAAAAAUGUAAAUAGCGUUUGAACCGCCUUUAAGAUUAGGAUAUAAAUUUACGCGCGAAAUUAGAAAAUAGCUUCAGCUGAAACAACUUUAUGCUUAACGUAUAUAAUAUCCCUUUCUUUCGUACGUUAGAAAUCAAAGAAAAUCAGAGCAAUCCUUGUAUUACAUAGUGCACUAUAUGGUUUUGAAAAAUAUAAUUAUACAGGUAUAUAUGUAUAAGGCGUACUACCUAUCAAUACUCAUAAUUGUAUUAUAAUGCGUGCAUAAGUGUAAAUAGGCGAAAAUGACUUGUUAUAAAUACAUAUGUAUUUAUUUCAAGAGCAAUUAAACUAUAGUCCGCCGCCGAAAUCGACUGGGCAUAUUUGUAAAUUCGUAGAUACCAAACUUGCCGAUUUAUAUAAAAGUAUUCAACUCCUCAUGCUUUACGAUGAAAUCGUUUAUUUUGGAAGAAUUGUUUCAAUUAUGUAUUUGAUUAUAUAUUAUUAAUGUGAAAUAUUUAUAAAAUCUAGAAAUUUGUGUUUGAACAAAUAUUAUUAAAAGAUCGGGAAAAUAUUCAUUGUAUUGUCUAAUUGUAAUAUUAAUAUAAGAGUCCCUUAUUCUUGUAAAUUUAUUAAAUAUCUCACAAGUUUUAUUUUCUCUUUGUAAUAAUAAAUUUAAUAUUAGCCAAUAUGAAUAAUGGUUUUAAUUUAUGUUAUCGAUAUGUGUCGCAGUACAUUGCGAAAAUUUCUUUAAACUCUCAAUUUAUACGCCAGGGGAAAUAAAAAUAAUGUACGGAUAGUGUCUAAACUAAACGAUUUAAUCGGAAACAAAAGUUCCAAACAGAGACGAAUAGUCCAAUCACUGUAAUUUCAACCAAGGUAUAUUUUUUAAGGAAUUGUUCAUAGAGUAGCUGUGUAAGCUUUCUUUCAAAAACGCAAUGAUUGCAGUAUCCUUAUUAUACAGGUCUUUAGCAGUUUGUGCAAUAAACUUUUAAUAAAUAACUUUUAAACUGUCUGCAAGAAGUAUAUUAAGUCUGUAGCAAUAUUUGGUGAAAGAAAGGAGACAUUUAUACAACAUUUAUUCGUCCAUAAAUGCAGCUGACGGCAUGCUUCGUAAACAAUUAUAAACAAAUUUCUAUAAAACGUAUUCACGAGAUAUUUCUUCAUGAACAUUUCUAGAAACGAUACAACUGAAGGUUUAAAUAGCCAUAAAAUUUAAAUAAUAUUACACAAUUAUAUAUUUUAAAACCUAAAGUGUCAUAAAAUAACUUAUUUAAAAUCCGACACACUUUGAUAUAACUUUGUUGCACGAUAAAUUAAAUAUUUACAACAACAUUUGCGUAAAAUUACUCUUACGAUACAGCCAGUCUAAAAGUGGGAUACCAACAAAGGCAAAAGUAACAAGUAGUCGAUAUUACAAUAAUAUUAAGGCGAUCGAUUUUCGUCGAUCAAUCUGUUUUAUCGACUGAUUCAGCAGAAAGGUGUGUAACGAUUCUCGACACUCAUGAUCAAACGCGAUUGAUCUUCUCCGCGGCAAAAAUGUUUUGCAAGUGUCCUUCCAAUUAACAAACAAACAAGUAAAAAAAAAAGAAAAAACGAAAAUGAACUUGAUUAGCGCGCUGUCAAGGAUUCAAGUGACACUCUUAGAUCUUAAAGAAACUUAAUUAGUCGAGCUUGUACAACUACAUAUAUAUUUUUUUUGCGGUCCAUCCUCCGACAUUUUUUUGUGAAGCACAAAAACGAUAAAAAUAAAAAAAAAUGAAAACGAGAUGUAUUCGAGUGAAUUGAUUGUUUCUUAGAAACGAGCGACGAAAACUCGAAAUGAGGAAAAAAGAAAAAAGAAGUGAUGGAAAAAUGAUAAAUGACGGAUGAACCAAUGUAUGAUGUAUGUGUUACGUAUUGCGGUUAUUACAUUAUAUAUGUACAUGUAAGCGCUAAUACUAUUUUAACAUGAA